GCUGCUGCUGCUCCGGGUAACCAUGUCGGACACGUGGAGCAACAUCCAGGCCCACAAGAAGCAGUUGGACUCCUUGCGGGAAAGGCUUCAACGGCGGCGCAAGGAGCCGACAAGCCACACGACACAACUGGCCGCCGAGGUCGGCCCGAGCGCAGAUGUCACCGCAUCCAGGAGCGACAGCCCGGCGCCGUCCGCCCCGUGUGCCACGCGAGAGGUCACCGAGAAACCUCCGGACCCAGAAUUGGAGAAGAGGAUGCUGGCCUACUUGUCCGAUCUGAGUCUCUCUUUGCCCAAGGACUCCCUCACCAUCACAAAAGAAGUCAACGGCUCCGAGACGGCCGUCGCUCACGGAUGCAUCCAAAGUCUUUUGCUCAAGUUCUCGGCUCAGGAGCUCAUCGAAGUCCGGCAGCCGGCUUUAUCCUCGUCCUGCGCGACGGUGGUCGUAGCGGUGGACCAUACCAAGCUGUGGGCGAUGAUCGGGUCGGGUGCCGGCGCCCCUCGGACGGGAGUCAAGAGAAAAGCUGAGGAGCAGUCUCGGCACACAAGAAGUCCGAGGUUCUCGCCUUCGCUGCGGGGCUCCACUUCUCCUCCGCGCCCCGCCGCCGCCGCCGCCGUCGUCGCCGCCGCCGCCGCCUCAGUUUUGCCGGCGUCAUCUUGGCAGGCGGCGGGGCCGCCGUGUACCUCGGUGAGCGGCGCCGACAAGAAAGGCAGGGGCGGUAAAAGCCAGUCCUCGCACCUGGACAUGGAAAUCGAAAGCCUCCUCAACCAGCAGUCCACAAAAGAGCAGCAGAGCAAGAAGGUGAGCCGAGAAAUCCUGGAGUUGCUCAACGCCAGCACAGCCAAGGAGCAGUCCAUCGUGGAGAAGUUCCGCUCUCGGGGUCGCGCUCAGGUGCAGGAGUUUUGCGACCACGGGACCAAAGAGGAGUGCGUGCGCUCGGCGGACACGCCCCAACCGUGCUCCAAGCUCCACUUCCGCCGCAUCAUCAACAAUCACACGGACGAGAACCUGGGCGACUGCUCCUUCCUCAACACGUGUUUCCACAUGGACACCUGCAAGUACGUCCACUACGAGAUCGACAGUCCGCCGGAAGCCGAAGGGAGCCCGGCGGGGACCCAGUCGGGGGCCGCCGAGCUGGGCGUGCACGGCGGGGACGCCGACAGCAACGUGGGCAAACUCUUCCCCUCUCAGUGGAUCUGCUGCGACAUCCGCUACUUGGACGUGUCCAUCCUGGGCAAGUUUGCCGUGGUGAUGGCCGACCCGCCCUGGGACAUCCACAUGGAGCUGCCCUACGGCACGCUGACGGACGACGAGAUGAGGAAGCUCAACAUUCCCGUCCUGCAGGACGAGGGCUUCCUCUUCCUCUGGGUCACCGGCAGGGCGAUGGAGUUGGGCAGGGAGUGUCUCAGUCUGUGGGGCUACGAGCGCAUCGACGAAAUCAUCUGGGUGAAGACCAACCAGCUUCAGAGAAUCAUCCGCACCGGACGAACGGGACAUUGGCUGAACCACGGGAAGGAGCACUGCCUGGUGGGCGUGAAAGGAAACCCUCAGGGAUUCAACAGAGGUUUGGAUUGCGACGUCAUCGUCGCCGAGGUGCGCUCCACCAGUCACAAACCGGACGAGAUCUACGGAAUGAUCGAGAGGCUCUCGCCGGGAACCAGGAAGAUCGAGCUGUUCGGCCGACCGCACAACGUGCAGCCGAACUGGGUCACCCUGGGUAACCAGCUGGACGGGAUUCAUCUCCUGGAUCCAGAAGUCGUGGCCCGCUUCAAGGAACGCUACCCGGAUGGCGUCAUCUCCAAGCCCAAGAACAUGCAGACGCCGCAUAAUUGACGGGGCGGGGCGACGGCCGCUCUUCCGGAAGGACCCAAAGGGUCGUGGCUUUCAUCAGGUCUUCUUAAUACUCUACAAGCCGACAUGUUUUUUUUUUUUUUUUUUUCUUUUUGUGU